GUUAUGUAAAGCGGUACGGGGAGGGGAUGGAAAUGUAGAGGGAUGGACGUCUUUCUGCAAUCAGCAGGCUUUUUUAGAACUGGAAAAACAACUUUCAGUAUACUGGAAGUUACAGGAGAGGGUGGCAACUUGGACGCUGCCUCCUUUUUUUUCCCCCCUCAAUUUUCUUCUGCUCUCUCUCCCUCUCUCGGCUGUUAGAAUCCCUCUACCAUUCAGUCAAGAGGAGACACUUCAGCCAGACAGCAUCUGAUUCUAAAGGAAAGAUGAGUAACCACUUGAUUCUUCACUUGGCAUGUGUGAGCAUGGUUCUGCUCUGGGGCCAUGGGUAUGCAGUGCAUGUGCCCCUGGUCUAUAGAAUUUCCAUGGAUGGCAGUGGUGACGGAGGGGAGCCGGAUCUCAUUAUCCCCGUCGAUGGCCCCCACCACCCUCUCUCCCCCGUCGAUGUCGCCCCGGUCGAUAUCUCCCCUGUUUCCCCCACCACUACCCUAGCCCCCACCCUGGUCAGCACCAUCACCAACACCAUCACCAUCACCAUGAUCCGCCUCAAGGACUUUAUGCUCACCCGGGUGGUGGACUUCCUCCAGGAUAAUAUGCUGAUCAUCAUUGUGGUCACCUCCCUCCUCAUCGUCAUGAUCUUUAUAAUCUGCUGUGCUGCUACCAUGAGCCAAAAGCGCAAGAUGGAGGCCUACAAACCCCCUGCCAACCCACCCAGGAAAUAUAUGGGUGACACAGCUGGUGGAGUCGAACCCUCCAGUGAGGUCCAGAGUAGGGUCUAUGGCGGGCCUGAUUCUGCCAGGAGGGUCCAGAUCCAGGGAACCCCCAAGAAUCUGCGCACCCCUUCCACUGCACUGGUGGGGGAAAAGGUGGGUAAGGAGCCCAAACCGAAGGAGGUCCAGAAAGUGAGGGAGGUAGAGGAGGAGGAAAUGCGCAGAGUGGAACCUAAGCACAAAGGCCUGAAGGCUGAGGAGGUGCCACAGAGCUCCAGCACCAGCCAGCCCAUGGUCUGCACCUGCCACCUGCGGAAGGCCAACCACUAAGUUUAGGUUGGGGCUCCAACCAUGCAAACUAGCAAAAAAGGAGAUUGAGGCCUUUUCUUGUGCAGAGGGAACUCCCUGGGUACGUCAGCUGCUGUGUGCCAAACUUGUCUGUGGAAGCUGACUGUCGGUACCUUUAGAAUACAGAUAUAACUGGGUCUAGUUAGCAUACAAAGGCCUUAAAACAGAAGGAAUUUCAGCUCUGACUGCCAAAAUAUAUAUAUAUAUAUAUACAGUGUAUGCCAUAUCAUGUCAUAUGUAUAUACAGUACCAGUCAAAAGUUUGGACACAACUAUUCAUUCAAGGGUUUUUCUAUAUUUUUACUAUUUCUUUACAUUGUAGAAUUAUAGUAAAGACAUAUUUUAGAUUCUUCAAAGUUGCCACCUUAUGCCUUGAUGACAGCUUUGCAUACUCUUGGCAUUCUCUCAACCAGUUUCACCUGGAAGACUUUUCCUUCACUCUCAUCCCAAACUAUCUCAAUUUGGAUGAGGUCGGGUGAUUGUGGAGGCCAUGUCAUUUGAUGCAGCACUCCAUCACUCUCCUUCUUGGUCAAAUAGCCCUUACACAGCCUGUGUGUUGGGUCAUUGUCAUGUUUAAAAACAAAUGAUAGUCCAAUAUUUGAAUUCCAAACCAAUAUUUGAAUUCUAAAUAAAUCACUGACAGUGUCACCAGCAAAGCACCAUCACACCUCCUCCUCCAUGCUUCACAGUGGGAACCACACAUGUGGAGAUAAUCCGUUCACCUACUCUACGUCUCACGAAGACACGACGGUUGGAACCAAAAAUCUCAAAUUUGGACUCAUCAGACCAAAGGACAGAUUUCCACCGGUCUAAUAUCCAUUGCUCGUGUUUCAUGGCCCAAGCAAGUCUCUCCUUCUUAUUG